UUUAAUUAGUUAACAAGUUAAUUUAUAUAUAAGAAUGGAUAUUGUAGAAACCGUAAAAAAUAUUUUAUGUGAAAAUUCAUUGGUAACAGCUAAGAAAAUACGUUUGUCGUUUAUUGAACGAAUUUUUCCUGAGUAUAAGAAUUAUGUCGUUAUUUUUAAAAAAUUCACGAAACACAGUGAAGUGGAUUCAUCUUUUUAUGAUUUAGAAGUUACUGGUGAUCCUUUAGUAUAUUCAUUUAAUGAUGAAUGUAUAAACAGUACUUUAAUAACAGAAAAAUAUUGGGGGCAAGAUGAAGAAGGAUAUAAUCCUCUCACAAGGAUUGAAGCAUGCACAUUGCUGAAUCUUUGUCAUGAAAAAUUGCACAUUGAUGAUGUCAUACCGAUAUUCAUACUUUGUGAUGGGAAAGAUCAUAACAAAACUCUUAUAUUAGGUACUAUCAUUGAGAAAAAUUGGCUCAAUACAAUAGAAGUUACAAGUAAUAGUAUGAAAGAACUCGAUUUUGUAAAAAAUGUUUCUUCCAAGCUUUUAUCGAAACAUCUUGAAUUAUCAUUUUCAGAACAAAAUGAUGUAUCAGUGUUUACUUUGAGUACCUAUGAUUUAUUUGGAUGGAGGUAUGAAAUGCAAGAAUUAUCAGAAAUUGAAAAAUUGAAUUUUGAAGGAAGUAUAACGCUUAACAUAAUAGCAGAUAAUAUGUUAUUUGAUCCGCCUACAAGAUCAUCCAAAAAUAGUUUAAUUCUUGAAAUUAUUACUGGAAGAAACGAUAGUGCUUUGGCGAAUUUGUGGCAUCAAUUGUUAUUAUUAAAUCAGUAUCUAACGAUAUUAGAUAUUUUCAAGGAAAUGAAUGCAAAAUCAUACAAUAAUCCGAAUUCGUUACAAUACCCAGAUAAUUUUGUAACUCCAUACGCAAAGGAUCAAGAUCAAAUAAUGGAUGAUGUGAAUCUUCUACUUAUCAAUAAUUAUAGCUAUAGAAAAUCUAAUUAUAAUAUAAUAGAACAAAUAUGCAUUGAAACAGAUGAAAAUAAUAUGAAAUUAAAACAGUGCAUUGAAGCUGCAAUUUUUAGACCAAAUCUAGAUUUUACUGAUUUUAUGUGGGAACUACUUAUAUGUACUUCUACUUAUAUACAGAUGACAGAAUGUAUGCAUAAAAUAUUAAAAGAAAUUCUACUCGGUGAAUGCCAACCACAGGUAAAUAUAACAAAUAGUACAACACUUGCUAAAAUUUUGCCCGAAUUAUCUCAUCAAAAGACGGUCACGCAUUUAUUAAACGAAAGUUUACCACUAGAAACUUUAAUAGAUAUAGGAUUUGAAAAAGUAAGCAAGGAUUAUAAAUAUAUUUUAAUGAAUACGGGCAUUGUUACAUUCAAUAGCAUAUACAAGAAUUUUAAAAAGAAACCGGAGCAAUUCGACUCGAAUUUUUAUAGGAAGAAAUUGAUUAAUAUGAUUCAAGUUCAUAUUUGUUUGGAAUUUAUGCUGCUUUUGCAGGAACAUAUAAGUUGUGAAACAGAUGUUCUACAAUCAUCAUUGGAAUACAUUAUAAAAGAAAUGGCAACUACAGAAUUUUCGAUGAAUACUUUAGAAGAUUUAUGUAAAAAUAAAGUAUAUACUUUGACCAUUCCCGCACAAGAUAUUCUUAUUAACGAAAUUAAUAAAGGCAUUCCCGCAACAUGGAAAGUUGAUCUUUUUUCUGAAUCGGAAUUAUUGAAAACCAAGACAAUAACUUAUUUUAGUGAUUUACCCAUAUUUCCUCCUAAUUUGUACUCUACAGGUAAAAAAUAAUAUACAUUUGGAUUUAUGAAUUAUUACAAUUAAAAAGAAUUUAUGAUGUACGUAGAUAAUAUAUUCAUUUAUUUUUUAGAUCAAAUAAAUAAAAUAAAUGAAGCAUUUCACAUGGUAACAGCUUUGAUUUCCUCUACUAAGAGU